CUCGGAUCUGAGAUUUGAUUUGUAAUACAGCAAUUAACUGCAAUGUGUAAUUAAACAUCAGUUUGAUAUUAGUUCGUUAAUACAUGAGUGAUGUUUCUAAUUAAUUAUUUGAUAUAAAUCAAAAUGCGGCAAAAGAUGAAAAAAAUACUUUGUCACCUGAAAAUGAUCUCUUCCUAUUUUUCAUUAGUAUAUUAAUUGAAAUGGAAAAAGUUAGGAAAGAAGCUGUGUUAACUCGGGAUGAUUUUGAUGGUGGGCCGGUUAGCCUUGAUCUAAUAGAAGAAAAUUUAUAUUUAGGUAAUGUUACAGCUGCAUGUGAUAUUCCCACUUUAACAGAAUUGAAUAUUAAAUAUAUUUUGACAAUAGAUUCAGUUCCAUUACCUCGACAUAUAACUGAAAAUGAAAAUUUUAUUACCAAAUAUAUUCAAAUUACUGAUAUUCCUAAAGAAGAUAUUUUAUCAGUAUUUGAAUGCACAAACAUGUUUAUAUCUGAAGCAUUGGACAAUAAUCUAACAAUAUUAGUACAUUGUUAUUAUGGAAUGUCUAGAAGUGCAGCCAUAAUUAUUGCAUAUUUUAUGAACAAAUACAAUUUACAAUAUGAGGAAGCAUAUCAAAGAGUUAAAUCAAAAAGAAACCUCGUAAGCCCAAAUCCAGGGUUUAUUACGCAGUUGAAGCUUUAUGGCAGUAUGGGUUCGAAAAUAGACAGAACGAACAAUAAAUAUAAAAUGUAUAGGCUUAAAAUUGCUGCAGAUAAAGUUAGAAAAGUUAAAAUAUUACCUCAAAGUUGUAUGGAGCUCAUACAACCUGAUCCAGCAUUAUUGCAAGAAAGGCCUGAUCCAUUAGUUUAUAGAUGCAGAAAAUGUAGAAGAAUUUUAGCUUGCCAAUCAAAUGUAAUUACACAUAAAAAAGGAAAAUCAGUAGAAGAUAUGAGCAACACAUCUCAAAAUGAUGAAAUAAAAACUAUGUCAGAUAUGAGUGCAUCAGAAAAUGAGAUAACUAAUUCUUCAAUUAGUGGAGAUGAUGUUGCAACAAUUGGUUCUAAAACAAAAUCAACAUCAGAAAAUAGUCAGUCGAAUGAGAGCAUAAACAUUCCAAAUAUGAGAUCAAACUGUUCCCAAACUUAUUUCGUUGAACCAAUUGCAUGGAUGAAAGAAGUUACUCAUAACACUCAAGGUAAACUGUAUUGUCCUCAUUGUAAAAAUAAACUUGGCAGCUUCAAUUGGCUUAUGGGAUGCCAAUGCCCUUGUGGAACGAAAGUGUCACCUGCAUUUUAUCUAGUCCCUUCAAAAGUAGAAUGGUCAAAUGUUGUUCAAAAUAUAGAAUCUACAAUAUAG